UUGAAUGCUUCCCGUAUUUGUCAGUGCAACGUGGGCUGUGAGACAUAGGAAGCAAUACUAAGCCUUAUCACUGAGUCACAGAAGGAAAACAAAUUCUUGGCAAGAUCACAUAAAGCCAGUGAACUGUCAGAACAACCCGUCAGGAGCAGCAGAAACUCUUUUACUCUGAAUCUAUGACCAAGCAACCCUGUAGACAAAGAACCAGGGAAAGAAAAGAAGUUGGCUAAAGUUUGGAAGCACACGCACUGGGAAAGCUCAGUUGGAAGUUAUCAGAAUGCUAUCAAGCUACUUGUCAUUUGUGAGUUGUGCUUGCACAUUCCUGGCUAUGUCAGUGUACAGCUCCUACCAUAAAGGAACAGAGAGUUUAGAAAAGCGCCAUCAUCGGAUUCAGCAUGGAUCCUGCAGCUACACCUUUCUCCUUCCAGAGAUCGAGAACUGCCAACCUUCCCCUGAUUACCACAUAUCCAAUUCACUUCAAAGGGAUGCUCCUUCACCAGUGGAAUCUAACUGGUCUUUAAAACGGUUGCAGCAGCUCGAAGGCAUCCUGGAGAACAACACACAGUGGCUGCAGAAGCUUGAAAACUACAUUCAGGACAGUGUGAAGACUGAAAUAGUGGAGAUCCAGCGGAACGUCGUGCACAACCAGACUGCAGUCAUGUUGGAAAUAGGAACCAAUCUCCUGACUCAAACUGCAGAACAAACACGCAAGCUCACUGAUGUGGAAACACAGGUUCUGAAUCAAACAUCACGGCUUGAAAUACAGCUGUUAGAAAACUCGUUGUCAACCAAUAAACUGGAGAAACAAAUCAUGGUGCAGACACAGGAAAUUACUAAGCUCCAAGAAAAGAACAGCUUUCUGGAACAGAAAGUCCUAGAAUUGGAAGGUAAACAUGAAACGGAGCUCCAAUCAAUAAAAGUGGAGAAGCUGGAGAUACAGGACCUGCUGGUGAAGCAGAGCACAAUUAUUGGAGAGCUUGAGAAGCAUCUGAACAUUGCCACAGAGAAUAACAGUGCCUUACAACACCAACAAGUUUUACUAAUGGAGACGGUUCACAACCUGCUGAAUAUGGUUUCCCAUUCCAAUGUAGAAUUUCGUCAAAUUCAAAAAGAAGAGCCAGUAGUUUAUAAAGAUUGUGCUGAAGUGUAUAAAUCGGGAGUAGCUAGAAAUGGAGUCCAUAUACUCCAUAUCCCAAACACAACGGAACCAGUGGAGGUGUUCUGUGACAUGGAGACAAACGGAGGUGGAUGGACAGUCUUCCAGCAUCGUGAAGAUGGGAAUGUUGAGUUCCACCGUGACUGGAAGGAAUACAAAUUAGGAUUUGGUGAUCCUCAUGGAGAGUAUUGGCUAGGAAAUGAAUAUGUUCACUUGCUCACCAGCCAGUCACCUCAUGUCCUACGCAUUCAACUGAAGGACUGGAAUGGAAAUGAAGCAUUUGCAGUCUUUGACCAUUUCUUUCUGGAAAGUGAGGAGCAGAAGUAUCGGAUCCACAUAAAGGGUUACAGUGGAACAGCCGGGAGAACCAGCAGUUUCAGCCCCUCUGGUACACAAUUCAGCACCAAGGACGUCGACAAUGAUGAAUGUGGCUGCAAAUGCUCCCAGAUGGCGUCUGGAGGAUGGUGGUUUCAGGCCUGUGGCCCUUCUAACCUGAAUGGCAUGUAUUACUCAGGUGGGAUGAAUACAAUUCGAUUUAAUGGAAUCAAAUGGCAUUACUGGAAAGGCUCACACUACUCCCUCAAGUCCACCACCAUGAUGAUCCGACCCGUGGCUUUCUGAACACUGCACUGGAAUCCCUUUCCUGAACAACUAGUAGAAUUUGUCAUCACAUGUGAGGGAUAUUCUGCAUCCACCACACAACUGCUGAUUUAAUUAUAUUAAAUCAUUUGGCACAUACUGGUGGGAUGUCAAUUUUGAAGGCUUCAUCCUUAGCUGCCAGCCUGCAAAUUACAAGCAAGUCAUUUUGUUUUAAAUCUUCCUGCCCAUCUUCAGUGAUGAAAAGUUUGACAAGAAGACUCUCAGCAGCAAGCUAAAGAGAGAAUAUUAAAUGACUUGCGAUUAACUAGGUCCUGAAAUAGAAAAGACCCUUGGGGCUUCUCCAAUUCAACCUGAAUGGUGUGUCACCUGUUGGCAUAAUCUGGAUUCAGGGCAAAGUGUGUUUAAAAAUGUUUAUUCUUUAUCAGCUGCCUUCACUGUUGUUUUCAGUAGAUCCACCUUUGCACCUGCACACUCCCUGAGUAGGUAUUGAGUCUGAUGAGCACAGCAGAAGGAAACCAAUUCAUGAAUGCAACAUGUUUAACUAUUUAACCUAUGUUUGGGCACUCCCUUUGUACAUCUUUUUUUUCUUUAGGAGGAAAGAAAAGCACUGCAUAUUUACAUGAUUGUGGUUACUCAUCUGGGUCUUUUCCAGAAUUCUGAGGAAGGCAAGUUUUCUGGGUAGUUUCAGCUCCCUCAAUAGCUAAUGUCUACAGCCUGUUCCAAAGAUUUUGUUGCUUAUCGGCUAUCACUACAUAUUUGUAUUCUAACAGAUGUUCCAUUCACUGCAGAGCUAGCUGUUUGCAUCAGUGUGAUUUCAACAUUUUGUUUUAAUGUAACAAAGAUAAAAAGUAACAAAAGUAGAGAAUCUGAGGGCAGGCCACAUCGCUGUUCUGUGUAUACCGUUAAAUGUCUUCCAAUACAUGUUGCCUUGGUCAUAUUACUCCUUUGCUUCGAGUGUCUGCUGUACAACCUGCUGUGAAAGUUUCAAUUAUUUGUUGAAAUUUGAGCAAACCCAUCCAGUUUGAUUGCCACUUUCAAUGAAGAAAUUAUUGUUUUUGAGAGCAGGACUGUUUUGGGAAUAGGUUAUUGUGCUUCCAACUAUUGUUCCCGAAGUCCUUGUUAUUCAAUAGGGCCAGGAAUUAGGGAGGAAGUCAGAUGUCAAUUCUGUGAGCAAACAAAUUAACUGCUGUAAAGAUUCAUUUGGGAUGCUUGCAACUGGGAGAUACUCUUGAAGCAAUUAACUGUUGGUUUUGUUUUUGAAGCAAAAGUGGGUCACCAACAGUUUUAAAGUAUCCCAUUGACACUGCAUACAUUUUUUCAAAUAUAUACUUUAUUCAUAUAUAAUAGAGCACAUUCACAUGUCACAAGAGUAUUCCGUUCAUACAAGAUUCACAUUAUAUCAGCACAGCAUGAACUUUUCUUUUCCCUGUUCCCCAAUCAAACAAUCCAAGGGAUUUCCAUGUGGAUUCCAGCCCUACAAUGUGACCUUAAAUUAAGGCCGUUCCCCACAGAAGCUUUGCAAUGGCUGCACCAAGCUUCAGCACACAGUCUUAUAUCUUGGUGUCUGUCGGUCUGCAGUAUUUUGUUGUGGACAGCUCCUUGCACUCAAAGACCAGCAUGUUUCAAGUAGACCAGAGGCCACCUUUCACCAAGUCAUUAAUUUUCCAGCAGGAGUUGAUAUUUGUCUCACUGAGCAUUCCUGGGAACAGACAGUAGAGCUCCAAGUUAUUUGUUAUGCAGGCAUUUGGGAUGAAUCUCAACGAAGACAACUGCAUCACUUUCCCAACUUUCUUGGCAACACACAAUCCAGAAGGAGAUGGACGACAGUCUCAUCUCCAACAUAGCUGUCUUGAGGAUAGCGUGCAGGCAUGCUGAUUCACAGACUGUCUGUUCAGGACCUGUCAGAGAGAGAGAAGACCCUUUUUAACAUCAGCCAAGCAACGUCUUCUUGUUUACUUGAAAGUUCUAGUGACAGACUCCUCUGGUCAAGAGUCAUAGAGUUAUAAAGCAUGGAAGCUGACCCAACUUGUCCAUGUUGACCAAGCUGCCUUCAUGAGCUGGUCCCAUUGCCUGUGUUUGCCCCAUAUCCUUCUAAACCUUUCCUACCCAUAUGUCUUUCAAACAUUGUAAUUGUAUUGCAUCUACCACUUCCUCUGGUAGCUCAUUCCACAUAUCCACCACCCUCUGUGUAAAAAAAAUUGCCCCUCAUGUCCCCUUUAAAUUUUUCCCCUCUCACCUUAUAUCUAUGCCCUCCAGUUUUAGAUUCCCCUACCCUAGGAAACAGACUGUGGACUGUUCAACUUACCUAUGCCCCUCAUGAUUUUAUUUACCUCAAUAAGAUCACCCCUCAGCCUCCAACACUCCAGGGAGAAAAGCCCCAGUCUAUGCAGUCUCUGUGAUGAGGCAUUCUGCCAAAUGAUAGUCUGGUUGGAGAUCCUUCCAACAGGAUCCACCAUCUCCAUUUCCUGCAAUGCUUUGAGGAUAUUCCGUGCAGACCAUUGUCUUAUACUGUACUGCUUUCAUUAAAGCAGCAUAUAAUUUCUACAUUGUCAGACUACUUAUCUGAAAUCUAGAAAUGGAUAAUCAGUAAGCACCCUCAUCUACAUAUUGGGAAGACUGAUGCCACGUUUCUAGUAAUUUCUAGGGUAAUUUCUAGUAAUUUCUAGCCUAGUAAUUUCUAGGGUAGGGACAUGUUCGGCACAGCUUUGUGGGCCGAAGGGCCUGAAUUGUGCUGUAGUUUUCCUAUGUUUCUAUCUUCUUCUCUCCUUAUCAUAAACUCUCUCUAGCCAUCUGUUCCUCUUCCAUACAAAUGAACCAGACAGUCUGCAUCUUGGUGGCACAUUUAACAUGAGAUUAUAGUUUCUAACCAUAAAUUUGCAUCAUCUCCACCUCUGUAAUAUUGUCUGAUCCUUCAGCUCAUUACACCUGAAACCCUCAAGUUUGCCUUUAAUGCCUCCAGACUAGGCUAUUCCAAUGCACUCCUAGCUAGUUUACCUCAUUCUAUUUUUUGAGGCCAUCCAAACCUCUGUUGCCCGUCUUCUAAUGUCCUAAAUUCCUUCUACCCAUCAGCCCUGCCCUUAUUGCCCUGCUAAAUACUUAAAAAUUUUAAAUUUAUAUUUGUUUUCAAAUACCUCCAUUACCUUAGCCUCCCUCUCUUUUUAAUUUGAUCAGGAUUCAGCCCUCCAAUUUAUCUGUAGUCCAACAGCAACUUUGAUUUUAAUUGCACCGCUGUCAAUGGCUGUCUAUUCAAGCCCACCAACUCUGGAAUUCGGAGACACAUGAGACUGCAAAUGAUGCAAUCUGGAGCAGAACACAAGCUGCUGAAGGAACUCAAUGGGCCAGGCAGCAUCUGCAGAGGGAAAUGGACAGUUGGCGUCCAGUCCAGAUGAAGGGUCUCGACCCAAAACGUCGACUGUCCAUUUCCCUCCAAAGAUGUUGCUUGACCCACUGAGUUCCUCAAACAGUUCAUUUCUCACUCUGGAAUUCUGUCCCUCAACCUCUCAGAUUCUCUUUAAAGCAUAUCAUUUUCACAAAGUAUUUUGGUGAUAUGCCCUAACUUGAGGUAUGGGUUCAAUUAUUCUUUGCAUUAUAUAAAUGUAAGUCAUUGUUGUUUUUGGAAUUUGGUAAUACCAAAUCAAGCAUUACCUAAGAGAAAGCAUUAGACACUAUAAGAGAGAAGUAAACAAUCUUUACACAAAUUGCAGCUUUUUCCAACUUCAGUGGAUGAUUUCCUCCGCUUUCCCUGUUGCGGUUAUUGUGUAACCUCCGUUACGACAAUAGCAGAAGAUUGACAAUUCUUCUGGCCUCUGAGUUUGAAACUGCCAAAAUGCCUGUGUGAAAUUGUCAGGGGUUGAACCUCACUGUGUUUUCCAGCCACCCCCUGCAGGAACACAGAUGCAGGGUAGCAGGAAGACAACUCAGCCUGGAAUUAUGUUGUCACAAUAAUUGAUUGGCAAGUUUUUUCUGAUAAAACUGCAAUAUUAAUAAUCCCAUUGCCAAGUGUUAAAUGCAUAACAUGGCUCUUAACUGUUAGUCUCUUGUUUCACACACUCUUAGUCUGUAAAGUAGAACACAGCUGCACAUUCAAAUAUUGGAAUACUGCUCCAAGUAAAACAAAGAGAGGUCGAACAUUACAACCAGUUGCAGCAACAAUUAAUUACAGCACAGAAUCAUAUGUAGAUCACUUAAUAAUACUUCAUGAAACGUAAAUUUCAGAAAAUACUCCUUUUCUGACAGCGUGUCAGAUGCUAAAAUGAAUCAUAACUGGCCAGUCCGAUCCUUGUAGAACCCAUUAAGCCAUCUGGAAAUGACAUUGAUUUAGUGUUUAGCAGGCCCAGUAAGGCUUCUGCUUAAACGUAUCCACAGACAUUUUUUUAAAUAGUUAAUUGAAGUAAGUCAUAUUAAAAAUACUGAUUGAUUAGUCAUUGUUUCCAGGAAAUGGUAUUGACAUGCUAUAGCUUGAUUAUUUACUGUUUCCAAUAUAUAUAAAUAUUGGGAAAGAUUACAGCGACUUACUCUGCCAAAAGAAAAGUUAAAGCUGAUAUGCAAAUGUUUUAUGUAUUUUCUCUUUUUUAAAAUUAUGAAGCAUGGACAUAUAAUUUACAGCAGCUUUUGGGUUAAUUUAAGAAAUAAAAGUAUCCAUAGA